AUGGCAAUGGCCACCACACAUCUUCCCGCCACCAUUCUGCGGCCACCAACCCGCCGCCGCCACCUGACCACCGCCGCAACCUCCUCCUUCACUUCGUCACCAAAUUACUCGCAGAAAACCAAAUUUCUGGCAUAUAGAAUCUCAGAAUGCAAAAAUCCCAAGUGCGCGGUCAGGCUAAGAAGCAUAGCCCAAGAGGAAAGCCCAACAGAAACCAGCGCCGCCGCCACGGAUGUCGGCCGGCGAUUGGUUGAUUUUCUGUACGAGGAUCUUCCCCAUCUAUUCGAUGAUCGGGGUAUCGAUCGGACGGCUUACGAUGAGCGCGUGAAGUUCAGGGACCCGAUUACGAAGCACGACACCGUAAGUGGGUACCUUUUUAACAUCGCCAUGUUGAGGAAGCUCUUCAGCCCUGAUUUCCAGCUGCACUGGGUUAAACAGACAGGACCGUACGAGAUAACUACACGGUGGACAAUGGUGAUGAAGUUCAUCCUCUUACCUUGGAAACCCGAGUUAGUCUUCACAGGCACUUCUGUUAUGGGCGUUAAUCCUGAAACUAUGAAGUUUUGCAGCCAUGUGGAUUUUUGGGAUUCCAUUGAGAAUAAUGACUAUUUUUCAGUGGAAGGCUUGCUUGAUGUGUUAAAGCAGCUGCGCUUUUACAAGACUCCUGACCUGGAAUCACCUAAAUAUCAAAUACUGAAAAGAACUGCAAAUUAUGAGGUUUGCUCCCUACUGUUCUUUUUCAUCAUCACAUUUGUUGGAACAUUGUUUGCUGUAAAAAUAAAUCGGUGCCCUAUACGGACAGUAACUUCACAGAAAAAAUGGUAA